GCAGCAGCAACAACACCAGCAACAACAAGCAGAGACACUGGGACGAGGAGGAGAAGCCGCCGACCAUGGGCAUCAAGGUUGUGAUCUUCGGCUCCACGGGCAUGACGGGGCUGGCCACCCUCCGCCUGGCCCUGGCCGCAGGCCAUGAUGUGACUGUCCUGGUCCGUGACCCGGCCAGACUGCCCGCAGAGCACACGGGGGUCAACGUCGUUGUGGGUGACGUCCUGGUCAAGGACGAUGUCCAAAAGGCCGUCAAAGGUCAAGACGGGGUCAUCGUCAUUCUGGGAACCAGGAACGAUCUGAGCCCCACGACUAUGAUGUCGGAGGGAACCAGGAACAUUAUUGAAGCAAUGAAGGCCCACAGUGUGAGAAAGAUAGUGGGCUGUAUGUCAACAUUCCUGUUGUGGGAUGAAGCCAAGGUCCCUCCACGUCUCCUGGAUGUGACCAAAGACCACCAGAGGAUGUAUGAAGUGCUGAAGAAGUCUGGCCUUGACUACGUUGCUGUGUUCCCACCUCACAUUGAUGAUGCGUUGCCGCUGACGGAGAACUACGCCGUGGCAGUCGGUGAAAGGGGAGGCCGAGUCAUCUCCAAACACGACCUGGGCCACUUCUUCCUCAAGUGCCUGACUACCUCAGAGUACGACGGGAAAUUUGUCUGCGUUUCCGGCACCUACCAGUCCUAGUGACUCCAGCACGCAGUCUCCUCAACGUUGCAAGCCUCUAAGGCUGCAUUACAUCCUUUUACAUUCUACUCCUCUCGAAAUGAAUGAUAGCAUUGCAUUUGCCUUUCGUACCUGUCGACACAACCUGCAAAUUAACCUGCAGUAACUCAGCAGGACAGGCAUGGUCCAGCAUCUCUGGAGAGAAGGAGUGGGUGACAUUUCUGGUCGAGACCCUUCUUCAGACUCAACUCCAGAACUUCCUUCUAAACUUUGAGAAGCACAAAAAGCUGGAGUCUAAAGGGUCUGUCCCACUUUCACGACCUAAUUCACAACCUUUUUUACUCGUGGACAUUUUUCAUCAGGCUAGAAAAACGACCCGACCUACUUGAUGCCACGAGUACCUACGACUAGCAUCACGGCCUGCUAGGCCCUCGUGACGACCAUGCUGUGAGUAUGAGUCAAGGGCAAACUCAGCAGAGGUCAUGAAAGUGGGACAGGCCCUUUAGGAAGGGUCUCGACCCGAAAUGUCAUCUAUUCCUUCUCUCCAGAGAUGCUGCCUGUCCCGCUGAGUUACUCCAGCAUUUUGUGUCUAUCUUCGAUUUAACCCAACAUCUGCAGUUCUUUCCUACACUGCAAAUGAACCUUUUGGGAAUCCUGCACCAGCACUCCCAGGCCUGGGGCUGGAUCUGCACCACUCAAUAUCUGAAUCCUCUCCUUGUUUAGACACCAGCACGCAGGGGAGGAGCUGUUCACACCUCUCGACAGAAAUUAUCAAUAAAAAAAUCUCUAAUCCGCC